CUAGAGGUUCUCUAACCAUAGCUGGAAAGCACCCUUAGUAUAUAGGAGUUCGCAGUUUAGUGUUUAGUCUGUGGCCCCUCUCAGACCCUCUCUAAUACUAAGCAUAAUAAUCUCUUUCCAGUUUAUAUUUUAUAUAUAGUUCAGUGAAAAAGCUCGCAAGAAAAAAAGAAAAUUGAGAAAUAUGGAAAGAUCUUUGAAAACGCAAAAAACUAAAGAGAAAAAGAAAUCACGACCUUCGUCAUCUUUCGCCAAUUAUGUAGAAAUGUCAACCGAUGAAGAUGUAGGCAAAGAUUUUGACACUCUCAUAAAUGCACCACUUUCAAAAAAUGGACAUUUCGUUUUCAAAUCCGAAAAAGCGUGGUCUGUCGACUCAUCACAAUACUCGGAAUUUUUUACCUUAAACUUGAAAACAUUAUCAGUCACGAUCGAUUGUAUUCCAUUCAAUGAAUAUAUUAACGUAAAUAACAGGUAUUUCAUAAAUGAUCAAUUGACAAAUAUCAAUAAUGAUGCUGAGAAAAGAAAGCUUGUUUACAAUACAACUUUUUCUCCGAACAUAUCGAGUUCAUUGAAUAUCAUAUUUUCAAAAAGUGAGAUGGAUGAGAAUACAAAGACUGAUCAGUCGAGAAAUUUAAAGUCUAUAGAAAAUACGAAAUUUGUAUCAGAAGAUAAUAUCAAUAAUUUAGAAAAAGAGAUAGAAUUUUUAUUAUCCUUAAAAGAACCAAUCCAGAAUAAUCCAACGAUUUCGCAACUUAUUUCUACAUCUCAUAAUGAUUCCAAAAUAAAACCACAAAGUGCUCCAAUUAAACCAACUGAUUUAGAAAAAUGGCUAGAUACUGUUUUAAAUGAUUAAUUUUUUCUAUAUUGUGUUGAAAUAUAAAAAUAAACUAAAAUAAGAAAAAAGAGUAAAAAAUAAAAAUAAAUUAAAACUAGGAAAAGAAAAUAUAUUUGACACAAAAUAUGAAAUAUGAU